AACAUUUGACAAUCAAUCGUUUGCGCAGCGGGUAUAUCAUGCGUCUAGCGUGCUUGACCGUCGUUACGCUUUUGUUUUGCAACGUAACAGCCAUAAAAUUGGGGUACGUGCCCUUUUUCGGCAACGACAAUGAAAAUGUGGAAUUUUUUGACGCGAUUGCGGUUCUUAUUAAAAGCAGUGAUUCCUUAAACCCAAUUUGCAAGAACCACACGCUUUUGUACUUAAAGGAUCUAAAGAGUUAUAGGAUAUGGGCUUCGGAUAUGUUUGAUGCUUCUACAAAAUUUUCAAGUGGUUUGCUUUACGGUGAAACUUACGAUUUUGGCAACUAUGAUGAGUGUAUUGGUAUCGUGGUUCCUAAUAAAUACGGGGAGUUUACUGGAAGACCCUGUUUAGCCAAAUUUACCGUGGAACCACCCAAAACAUAUAAAAAGAAGGAACAUUUAUCCGACUACAGAAAGUUUUACAAUCAGUCCAUGCUGGAUCAAGUUUUCAGCCAACUUGGUGACCCAUCUGGAAUACCUAGAAAUGAAUUGUAUUUCACAUACUGUAUACCAUCUUCCUGCAGUAAUGAGGACUUGGAAAUUUUUUUGGGUGAUUUCCUAAAUUUAAAUACCAUUAAUCAAUUUAAGAUUAAAGCAGAAGUUGACAAAAAUAACUUGCCAGCUUAGCAUUAAACACAAUUUUAUUGGAGGCGAUUUUGCAUUUUUG